AUGGAUCCUGACAAUUCUGGAUUCGUGGAUCCGGAAGACGGGUUUGCUGACGAUGAUUUGUUGGCUGCCGAUGAUAUCACGAUCACUCCUGUGGAUAGCGAAUGCACUCGUUCUUUUUUGGAGCCAUCCGAAGAUUAUGAAAAGGAGCUUGGAUGUGUAGGAGAUCCGUUUUCAGAGGACUUUACCUCCAUAUCAAUGAAUGAGAUUGUUGAAAUCCUGGCUGAAGGAGAUCGAGUGGCCAGACCAAUAAUUGUAAUUUACGCUUAUCGUCUACCUUCGAAUAAAACAAUUGACCAUGCUAAACUACUUGGAUAUAUACAAUUCAUUCUUGAUAAAGUUGUCGAACUUGAUUACACUAUCGUUUACUUUCAUUAUGGUCUACGAAGUCAUAAUAAACCUCCUAUUAAAUGGCUUUUCCAGGCGUACAAAGUUUUAGAUAGAAAAUACAAGAAGAAUCUAAAAGCUCUUUAUGUAGUUCAUCCUACCCGAUUUAUCAAAAUCAUUUGGAAUUUGUUCAAGCCAUUCAUCUCUAAUAAAUUUGAGAAUAAGUUCCACUAUGUGACAUGUAUAAAAGAGCUGGAAACAGCUUUAGAAGUAUCAAGGUUGCAUCUACCUCAACCAAUUAGAGAUCACGAUUCUCAACUCAGUUCUCAAGCAUUCGACGGUCGUCCAUUGAGUCCUAAAAAUCCUCCAAGACCAACUCAGCAGUUUGAUGUUUCUCUCGAUUUCAUUUUAUCCCAUAAUCCUGAUCACGAUGUUCCUCCGAUUGUUUCCGAUCUGAUAGAAUUCUUAGAAGAAAACGCCCUGGAUAUCGAGGGGAUUUUCCGUAAGAGCGCAAAUGUUGGAAGCAUAAAACGUCUCCAAGAGCGAAUCAACAUGGGGGAGAAAGUAGACUUCAUCAAUGAUCCAGAAUAUAGAGAUAAUGCUUAUGUUGCAUCUCUGCAUGCCUCUGUUCUUCUGAAAACUUUCCUGCGAUCUCUUGGCGAACCUGUCACGACCAAUGAGUUAUUUCCACAAUUAACUAAGAUAGCAGACGUACCAAAGACCGAGAAAACUGCCGCAGUGCGUGAAAUCGUAGCCGUUUUACCUAAACCAAACUACGUGCUUUUGAAAACAGUCAUCAAGUUCCUGACCAAAGUGGCCGCAAGAAGUAAUGUUAACCUUAUGACAGCAGCAAAUCUUAGUAUUGUUUUCGGACCUAAUCUCACCUGGCCAACGAAUCAACAGGUUCCAACAACUCAACUUAACAACUUGAACAAUUUCUGUUUCCGUCUUAUUGUGGAUUACGACAAGAUCUUCCAGUAG